AUGAAUUCGCCGCCGCCGCAACGCAGCCGCCACACGCUGGUCGACGACGCCAUCCGCGAGAUUUUGCUCCGCAUCCCGCCGGAUGAGCCGGCGAGCCUCGUCCGCGCCUCCGCCGUCUGCACCACCUGGCUCGAAAUCAUCUCAGACCCCGCCUUCUUCCGCGACUACCGCGCUUUCCACGGGGCGCCCCCGGUGUUGGGCUACCUCCACAACAAAUCCUACGAAAGCCAUGGCGUCGCCCGAUUCGACCCCACCGGAGCCUUCUGCCCGCUGGUUCGCGACCGCCGCAACUGGCACGCGGCCGACUCCCGCCAUGGCCCCGCGUCCUCUUCUACACACCCAGAGAGAAGCACGCGGAUUUCGUCGUCUGGGACCCCAUCACGGACCGCCGGUGGGGGCUUCUCACCGACCCCAAGCUGUCGGAGAUAA